AUGUCAUCUCUUCCAUCGGGAAGCCGUGCUACACAGCAACGUGCAGAAACAGGAUAUAGCACAAGUACAAAAGCCCGUCUGCUGCUGUCAACCAACGACUCGAGCAUACCAGACCGCAGUCUGAUCGGAGGAAAUGGUGUUGAUCAGUCGCCUUUAUCACAGAACGCUUCCUAUCAAAGCUACGGAAAAUUCAAUGAAGAAUGGGACGCCAGCCAGCGGGGCAGCUCGAUCAUUGACAGUGAUCGCUACCAUUUGAAGCAUACGCCCUCUGUUAUGUCACAAGGUGACCCAUUGCUCCCACGUCGAGGGGGGACACUUAAAAAGAAAGCAUCGCUCAGGCGAAGCAGUAGCCGUCGGAGUUCCCGAGCUGGUAGCGUAAGGAGUUUGGCUUUGCAGCCAGAACCAUCGGAUGAGAUUCACAGCGCAUUCUAUUCUCCUGUGCCGACUACCGGUAACCCAACAGAGGCGCUUGCGAAUAGAUUUACAGCGUGGAGGAAAUUUUUGAAGGAUCUCAUUGUCUACUUUAGAGAGAUCCAGAACGGAUACGACCACAGAGGAAAGACCAUCUUGAAACUAUCUAAUGUUGCCAACAAUAUCAGUGCGCCUGAGAAUUUCCUCCAGUCUAAUGGUAUCAACGAAGCAAUGCAGAUACUACGUGAUUACCACAAACAGGCAAUCACUGAAUCGAGCAAAGCUCGAAUGAUCCAAGAAGACGUGGUGCAGGCCUUGACUGGUUUACGAAGUGAUCUUCAACAAAAGAUCAAAGAGAUCAAGAAUUUGUCUGGUGACUUCAAAAACUCCGUUGACAGGGAAAUGGAUACUACAAGAAGGGUUGUGCGCUUACUGGGAGAUUCGCUAGGCCAAUCCGACAUUGAUGCAUCGCAGAUGACGGGAAAACAAGAUCCGUACUUGCUGAGACUAGCAGUUGAGCGCCAGCUCGAGAGGCAGAUUGAUGAAGAGAAUUAUCUCCACCAGGCAUAUCUUAACUUGGAAACAUCUGGCCGAGAGCUUGAGUCUAUUGUAGUGGGAGAAAUCCAGAAAGCUUACAACGCUUACACCGGCAUACUGAAACGUGAUGCCGACGAGGCAUACACUGCGAUCCAGAACCUCAGAACGGGUCCGAUUGCGAUGCCUAGAGACUAUGAGUGGAACAGUUUCAUCGAGUCAGAUGAGCACUUUGUUGAUCCCAGAGUCCCUAUGCGCAGUGUUGAAAACAUUCACUACCCAGGCCGCGACCACGAGCUUGCCCAGGAAGUCCGAGCGGGUUUGCUGGAGCGUAAGAGCAAGUACUUGAAGAGCUAUACUGCCGGGUGGUAUGUGUUGUCACCGACACAUCUACAUGAGUUCAAAACUGCGGACAAGUCUCAAGCUCCUAUAAUGUCCCUUUAUCUCCCUGAGCAGAAGCUUGGAUCCCAUUCCUCGGAAGGUGGGUCGUCGAACAAAUUCAUGCUAAAAGGACGCCAAACUGGAUCUCUCCAUAGAGGCCAUUCCUGGGUGUUUCGAGCGGAAAGCUACGAUACGAUGAUGGCUUGGUAUGAUGAUAUCAAGUCAUUGACAGAAAGUGCACCUCAGGAACGAAAUGCAUUCGUUCGUUCACACGCCCGAAGCUUCAGUGCCUCCCAACGAGCAGCAUCUGUAAGCAGUGACGGGGUUAUGGACGAGGAAGAUGAGGAGCCGUUCUCAACAGUUUCAAACUCUGCUGUCGUGCAAGUUGCCAAUAAACAAGAAAACGCCAAGCGACCGGAACCAGGUGGGAGAUUCCCGUCCGACAUCCAGGUCGACCCUUCUCGUGGCUUACAAGUACCUCUUUCGCCGUCUAGUGCAAACUCAAGCUUAGGGAACAAUGAAAUUCGGAACGAAACUUCUACUACUUCAAAUGUAGCUGGAGGCGGUAGUGGUGAAUAUUUCCCGGAGCAUCGCAUCAUCUCUCGAACAUCAUCACAUUCCGGACACGGCACCUCAAAUGGGGCUAGACCAUCGCACGCGACACAACUAGAUCAAUUCGCCGUCGAGGAUGGGCUAAACCCUUACACUUAUCAACCGCUUGGAAAUCAGAACCCGCAGGGCUCACCCGUGACGAAUAAAACGGCCGUCGAUGAAAAGGGGUUAGCUGAACAUAACGACUACCAACAGAUUCCUGCUCCCGAACGUCAAUUCAACCAAUCGCCCCCCAAUUCUCGGGUAGAAUAUAUGGCCGUAAAUAACGGCCCCGCAUUGCAGGAACAUCUUGCACAGGCAGGGCCUACCACGACUGGGAAUGAGGCCACAGGUCUUAUGACGGCAUCUCAGGCAACUGUCCACCCUGUCAUCUCAGACAUGGCGAACGCCAACACUCAUUCACAGCCAUAUUUGGAUUACUCCUCAAUCGUACCAUCAGUGGCUGGGCUAAAUACUAUCACUGCUGUGAAUCAGAUAGCAGAGCAACGUCCCGAGUAUCCAGAGUCGAAAAUUCUGGAGCAAGUGACAAGCUUUCCAAACACAACCCAUGAAAGCCACUCGUUUGCCGGGCAUCGAUAUGCUGACAGUGAUACGUCUUCUAAAACCACACACAUGCAUAUUCCAGGGGAAUAUCCUUCCCAGACGCCAACCUCUUUGGAUCACUGA